GCUUGCCUUCCUCCCUCUUCCCAUUUUCUUUUUCUUCUUCAUCUCUCCUUUGCCCGCCAUGCCCGCCGACCACGAACAGGUUCCGACGACGUCGUCGCACAUGAUGAAGACGACGAAGCGCGGGCGGCCCUUCCUGAAGGACACCUUGGACCUCUUCGCUACAUUAGUAGUAUCGCUAGAGCUCGCGCCGAACAAGCAGUUCUUCAGGACCUUCCCUAAUUCCUUCACAACCGACCAGGCAGCCGCGAACCUCGCCUCCCUCAAAUUCUCGCAAUCUAAUCGGGGACCGGAUCCCAGAGACCCAACACGCAUAGUGACGACCACGACGACGACGACGUUCUCCAUGACACGCGACAUGGCGAAGGCGAUGUGCCAGCAUUUCAUGGACGCCCGUUUAAUCGAAAACGCCGCCGACCCCUCCCUGAACCUCUUCAAGGAUCGCGGCGUCUACCAGCUCACGCCCAAGGGCCUACACGUCCUGGAGCGCUUCAUCUCACGAAACGGCAUGAACUCGGAUCACCUCCAGCAGGUGUUCGCCACGCAGCCCAUCUGCAUCAAGCUUCUGCACCUCGAGCGGAGGAGUGCCGACGACGAGAUCAUCGUCACCCAGUCCGUCAUCACCGCCCUCUUCCGCCGCUUCGUCGGCCGCUCGCCCAACUACCAGUCCGCGGCCAACCAGCCCGUCGACCCCUUCCAGCGCUACAACGAGCGCUCGAAGGGCAUCGGCCUCGUCGAUGUCACGGAGAGGGCGCAGCCGUUGCUCGGCAAGGCCCAGCAGCAGCACAAGUACUGCUUCCAGGCCGUUCAUGCGUUGGAGUGGCUCUGCGAUUUCACCUCGGUUGUCGGUCGCGAGGAGGCGGCGGAGAUGGCCGCGCAGUUCGUGCGCUUCGGCCUCAUCACCCUCGUCAGUGACAAGCGGAAGAACAACGACUCCGCGAUCAUCUUCACCGUCCGCGGUUCAGCGCCCGGCGGUAACUCGCCCGUCUCUCAACAAGGAGAGUUUCGGUGUACGUCGAAAGCGAUCUACAAGAUCACGGAGGAGGGGAAGCGUGUUGCGCACUGGGACCAGCGCGUGGACUCGCCGAGUGCCUCGAACACAAACGUCUCUACUGAGCGCUCUUCGGUCGAUGACCACCACGACCAUGGUGAGUCCAUCUCGCGUGGACACGGCGACGGCAAUCCCAGGCUUCAGCGGCGGGUGUCGGUCGCCAACAAGCUCAAUCGCGCUAACACGGUCUCAGACAAGAAGUCGAAGGAGUCCAACACGGAGCGCCUCCGGUACAUUCUUGAGGACCCUCCCCUUCGCUCCCUCUUCCGCGAGUUCCUGCGCGGCAACUUCUGCGAGGAGAACCUGUCCUUCUGGCUUGAGGUCCAGGACUUCAAGCGCAAGUUCAACAUCACCUCCUCGGCGCAGGCCAACAACCCGCGCGGCGCUCGCAAUACGCCCGGUCAGGCGGCGAUGGAGCGCCACCACGAGUCGCUCAUCAACACGGCGUUCGUGAUCUACAACACCUACCUCGCGCCCUCGAGUCAGUGCGAGCUCAACAUCGACCAUAACCUGCGCAACGAGUUGGCGAAGUACCUCGAGGACGUCGUCACCAAUCUCACGGGCAAGGCGUUCUCCGGACGUGUCGAGCCCGAGCAGGCGAACGCGUUCAACGCGACCCAGCUCCAGAACAUGAUCCGGCUGUACGAGCGCAUUCAGACGCACGUCUUCCGUCUGAUGGCCACCGACUCUGUUCCGAAGUUCAUCAAAACGCCCAAGUUCCUCGCCAUGCGCGAUUGGGACGACGACUUCGACCCGACCGACAACGACAUCAAGCAGCUGUCGGCCAACAACCCGACCAUGCCCCCGGGCUUGAGACAAGAGGAGACCGGCGGGGCGUACAUCACCAUCUCGCAGCAGGGCAGCGAGCGGGAACACCAAAACCGCACAGGCGUUGCCCAGCAGCAGGAGACGCCGGCGACGCCAUAGGCUAGCCGUCCGUCUCGCCCGCUCAGGUCUUGUAUGCUUUUCUCGUUGCUCGCACAUGCUUUGCACAGGUACUAUAUCGCACGCUGCCUCGUCGCACUCACGGUCGCUGUCCCCGCC